GAUGUUAAUCUUGUCUUAUUUUUAUUAUUUAAAACUAAAACAAUUAAUCCCGGACAAGACCGGCCUUUGGCCUGGAUAGCGGCCAGCACUGUCAAUCAGUCGGUUCGGGUCUAAAUCCGGCCGCGUAGAAUAUGCUACCCGAGCCCAACCACCAACUUUUUUGUGCAAGGUAUAGGUCGGGUCGGGUCGGGUCUAACUCAGAAUGGUAUCCGGUGCAGGUUUUAAGACAAUGAUAUUGGUGUUAAAAAAUAAUAAUUUAUAAUUAGAAAAGAGUAAACAAUGAUUAAAAAGAGAUUAGUGUAGCAAACUCUAAGGUACUCUCUUCUAGCAUUGUUUCUGCCAUUUUUGUUUGAGCAAGCAUUUAUAUACAAGUUGGAAGUCCAAUUAAUCAGAGCUGCAAAGUAAGUGAGAAUGGCAGAAGUAAGGAGGGUUGAAGAGGGAUUGGGAGAUGCAACACUCCUAACAGAUGAAGAAGACCAUGAGAAGAAGAUGAAGAAGAAGGAAAUUGACGAUGAGAGCAAGGAGAGACAAGCCACACCCGACCAAGACGACCAAGAUGAUCAACCGCUUAUAAAGCCCAAGAGCAAGAGGAUUGCAACCUUAGAUGCUUUCAGGGGCCUUACCAUCGUGCUGAUGAUCUUAGUCGACGAUGCUGGCAGUGCUUAUGAAAAGAUUGAUCACUCGCCUUGGAACGGUUGCACGCUUGCUGAUUUUGUAAUGCCUUUCUUUCUUUUCAUCGUUGGUGUUGCAAUAGCCCUCGCUUUCAAGAAAGUUCCAAAGUUGAGGGAUGCUGUAAGGAGAAUUGUUAUAAGAACAUUGAAGCUUCUCUUCUGGGGACUUCUUUUGCAAGGUGGAUAUUCUCAUGCUCCUGAUGAUUUAUCAUAUGGAGUGGACAUGAAGCAAAUUCGUUGGUGUGGUAUUUUACAGCGUAUAGCUUUGGUAUACUUGGUUGUGGCUUUGAUAGAAGUUUUAACUAUAAAGGUUAGGCCAGUUGUUCUCGGCUCUGGCCAUUUCUCCAUAUUCAGUGCAUAUCGUUGGCAAUGGAUGGGUGGUUUUAUUGUCUUUCUCAUUUAUAUUAUCACAACAUAUGCACUUUAUGUUCCCGACUGGAGUUUUGUGGUACAUAAAAAAGAUGGAGAUAAGAGACUCAUGGUAAAAUGUGGAAUGAGAGGCCACCUAGGACCCGCCUGUAAUGCGGUUGGUUAUGUUGAUAGGAAAGUUUGGGGCAUAAACCAUCUCUAUUCAUCUCCUGUAUGGACACGUUUAAAGACUUGUAAAGGUACUUCUCCAGAAGCAGGGCAAAUUCAUGAAGAUGCUCCAGCUUGGUGUUAUGCCCCAUUUGAGCCAGAAGGCUUGUUGAGUUCUAUCACGGCCAUCCUCUCCGGCAUUAUCGGGGUCCAUUAUGGGCAUGUAUUAAUUCACUUCAAGGGUCAUUCUGAGAGGCUAAAGCAAUGGGGUUUGAUGGCUGUCGGCAUGCUUAUUGUUGCUAUAAUUCUUCAUUUUACAUAUGCAAUUCCUCUUAACAAACAACUGUAUAGCUUCAGUUAUGUUUGUUUCACGGCUGGAGUAGCAGGAAUUGUUUUUUCAGCAUUCUACAUACUGAUUGACGUUUGGGGAAUAAGAAUGCCAUUUCUGUUCCUAGAGUGGAUCGGAAUGAAUGCAAUGCUAGUCUUCGUAAUGGCGGCGCAGGGCAUCUUUGCAGCAUUUAUAAAUGGAUGGUAUUAUGAAAAUGAAGGAAAUUCUCUUGUUUAUUGGAUUCAGAAGCAUGUGUUUUUUAAUGUGUGGCAUUCUGAAAGGUUAGGGACUCUUUUAUAUGUAAUAUUUGCCGAGAUAACUUUUUGGGGAGUGGUAGCAGGCAUCUUGCACAAAUUGGGCAUUUAUUGGAAAUUGUGAAAGAAAUAAGAAACAAUGUCAAUCAAAUGAUAGCGAUACCAUGUAUUGACCGACUUUCGUUAAUUUUAAUGAGUUUCUAUUUAAUUUAUUCUUAAACAACAUUGAAGGUUGUAUGUGUGUAUACGACUUGGGCUUCUAAGGGACUCUUGCAAGUAGCCAUUAUGGU